AUGGAUCGCCCUGGCUUCAUUGAGACUCCUGGCGGCCGUCGUACCACCCGCAACAGUUCUGCCUUGGAAGGUAGCAAGCAUGGGGCCUCCAACUCCCCUUCCCUUGAGAGAUCUAAGUCCACCUCCCGUCAUCGUACUUCAGCCAAAUUCAAGACUGAAGAAAUUGAUACAUCGGCAAAUGUCACGACCAAUGGCAAGACUACUGCUCCUAGGCCCAAGUCCGCAUCGCGCGUGGUGGACGGUUGGGAGGAAGGCCUCGAUCCCAAGGUGGAUUACAGCGGACACUUUGAAUUCGGUGGCUCCUUGGGUGUGUUGUCCAUGAUGAUCGGAUUCCCCCUGCUCAUGUACUACAUGUGGAUUGGCGCCACCUACUACGACGGCAAGUUCCCUCGUCCCGCGGAGAACGAGAGUUACGGCGACUUUUUCGCGUACAUGGCCAACCUAGUCUACACCGGUGCUUUCCCAUCGGUCAAGGCAUGGACUAUUUAUUGGGUUUUCUUCAUCUUUGAGGGUGCAUGUUACGUGCUUCUUCCCGGCGUGAGCGUCACGGGUCGCCCCCUGCCACACAUGGGUGGCCAGCAGCUGCCAUACUAUUGCUCUGGUGUGUGGUCUUUCUACACCAGCAUUGCAUUGGCACUCAUUGCGCACGUAACUGGAGUCUUCAAGCUGUACACCAUCAUUGACGAGUUCGGCCCCUUGCUCACCGUUGCCAUCCUCUCUGGAUUCAUCGUCUCUUUCGUUGCGUACUUCUCAGCUUUGGCGCGUGGCGCAGAGCAUCGUAUGACUGGCUACCCGAUCUAUGACUUCUUCAUGGGUGCCGAGCUCAACCCCCGCAUGUUCAAGAUCCUUGACUUCAAGAUGUUCUUCGAAGUCCGUCUGCCCUGGUACAUCCUGCUCGGCCUGACCAUGGGUACCGCCGCCCGUCAAUGGGAGAUGUACGGUUAUGUAUCCGGCGAGGUUAUGUUCCUUGUCAUGGCUCAUUAUCUUUACGCCAACGCCUGCUCCAAGGGUGAGGAGUGCAUUGUUUCCACCUGGGAUAUGUACUACGAGAAGUGGGGUUUCAUGCUGAUCUUCUGGAACCUGGCCGGUGUGCCUCUGAGCUACUGCCACUGCACCAUUUACCUCGCCAACCACGACCCUGCUGAGUACCGCUGGAACCGCUACUUCCUUGCUUUCCUUUUCGUCGCCUACCUGUUUGUCUACUGGGUGUGGGAUACUACUAACAGCCAGAAGAACCGUUUCCGCCAGCAGGAGCGUGGUACUAUGGUGUCCCGCAACACCUUCCCCCAGCUUCCUUGGCAGACAGUGGAGAACCCCAAGACUCUUACUGCGGCCGAUGGCUCGAAGAUUCUUGUAGAUGGGUGGUAUGGCAAGGCCCGUAAGAUCCACUACACGUGCGAUCUUUACUUCGCUCUGAAUUGGGGCUUGAUUACCGGCUUCUCAAGCCCGUUCCCUUGGUUCUACCCUGUCUUCUUUGCUUGCAUGAUCAGCCACCGUGCUCUUCGUGACAUCCAGCGGUGUCGGAUCAAGUACGGCGAGACUUGGCUCGAAUACGAACGCCAGGUGCCUUACCUGUUCAUUCCUGUGAGUAACUUAAUUCUGAACACCCUCCCAGCGCCUGUAAUUAACCUUGUAUACUAUAAAACGAAAAACACCAUGCUCAUCCAAGAAUCCUAUCAUGAUGUUCCCACCACAGCGGAUGGACAGGGAACAAUGCGUAUCUAUGUCUUUCACCCGAAAAUCCCGGGCUACCCCAAAGCUCGCUUCCCCGGAGUCGUAGUUUUCAGCGAGAUUUAUCAAGUAACGGGCCCCGUGGCACGAUUUGCACGCCAGAUCGCAGGCCAAGGCUACAUCUGUGUUGCUCCUUCGAGCUACCAUGAAUUCACUGGUCCGGAAGCUCUGAAGUAUGACGCAGAGGACACGGACAGGGGGAAUGCAUGGAAGAUUGGCAAGAAACUUGCCGCCUAUGACGAGGACGCUAGUCUGAGCGUGGAUUAUCUGCUUUCGCUGCCCACUUGCAAUGGCCAAGUUGGUGCCACGGGCAUGUGUCUGGGUGGCCAUUUGGCCUAUCGUUGCGCGCUGGAUAGCCGGGUCAAGGCUAGCGUGUGUUACUUUGCCACGGAUAUCCACAGCAAGACCCUCGCCCUGGGAAAAAACGAUGAUAGCUUGGAGAGAGCAGGAGAUAUCAAGGGUGAGAUGCUAUUGAUCUUUGGCAAAAAUGAUAACCACGUCCCGCCUGAGGGACGCGAUCUCAUCCGCAAGACCCUGCAUGAUAAGGGCGUCUUGUUUAGCUUCUAUGAAGUCGCUUGGGCGCAACAUGCCUUUAUCCGUGAUGAGCUCAGCAAGGGUCGGUAUGAUCCAGCUAUUACCAAGGUCUGCUUUGAGAUGCUACUCGAACUGUUUGGGCGCACCUUGAAGCUCGACCUGGGUGAUCAUGAUGGACAAAAACUGGUGAUUGAGGAUGUGUGUUGA